CAAAAGUCACCCGCUGAAGCAGAGGCCAUCUUUGACCCUUUUCCAAACAGGAAGGCAACCCCCUUGCAGGCCAGCCUCCAUGGCAAGUGACAAAAGGGACUAUGAUUUGACAGAAGAGCAGAAAGUUACAAAAGCAAAAUAUCCUUCCAUCCAGAAGAAAUAUGAAUAUCUGGAUCAUACUGCUGAUGUGCAGUUGCAUGCCUGGGGUGAUACCUUGGAAGAGGCAUUUGAACAGUGUGCUAUGGCCAUGUUUGGGUACAUGACAGACACAGAGACGGUUGAACCUCUUGACACCGUAGAGGUGGAAGCAGAAGGACAUGAUAUGCUAUCUCUUCUCUUUCAUUUCCUCGAUGAGUGGCUCUAUAAAUUCAGCGCUAAUGAGUUUUUCAUUCCCAGAGAAGUGAAAGUGCUUCACAUUGAUCGGAUAGGUUUCAGGAUACGAUCUAUUGGGUGGGGAGAAGAGUUCUCUUUGACAAAGCAUCCCCAGGGGACAGAAGUCAAAGCAAUAACCUAUUCAGCAAUGCAGGUCUAUGAAGAAGAAAAGCCAGAGGUUUUUGUCAUAAUUGAUAUUUAAACAAAGGACAUUGUUGAAACUAUGGAGUCAACGCAUCUCAACUGGACAAUUCCUCGGCAUUCUGCCCAUUGAGCUGCCGAAGGUGCAGCCAUCUUAGCUGCUCUGCUGGUCAGAUUUAUUGGAGCAACAUGAAUCAUUUUCAGGAGGACAGAAGCUUUAACUGCAAGUGUCUCAUACUGCUGCCCAAAAACGAGGAAAUAGCAUUGAAUGCAGAUUCAAGCAGCAAACAUUGAAAAGAUAAUUAGACCAAGACUAAUCUGGCAGUGUAACCUAGAAAGCUGGAGAUGAAAUUGUUGGUUCCAGUGACAAGAUGCUUAAUGGAAAGGAAUUAGGAUGAAUUACUUUUCUUGUUUAAUUAUACUAUCUCCACUUCCUCCUUUGAUGUGUUGAAUAUCCAUUUAUAUCAUUUGUGUGGUGCUUUUGGCCCAUGAUUAGGUGACUGAAAGCAUGGCUUAUACUCUGCUGCUUUCAUUUGCAAAUCCUUUUCUAGCCUCCAAGAUUGCUUCUAACUAUGUGGUAGGACAGCAUCAACACCGGUGCAAUUCUGGUUCGCAAAUAAACCAAACCUUGGUUAUAAAGAGAA